UCAUCUGAUUAAUUUUGUGCCCUGCUUGGCAAAGGGGGAUUCUAUAUACGUACAGAGAGCAAACAAAUGUCUUGUUGAUUCAGGUAACACCUGUCAACUCUGUAAUCAUCUAAUCCAACACGUUACACCAGCGGCAUGCAACUAAAGCUUGGAAAAAUCAAAUCCAUGUUUAUCUCUCUCAAGUCCCAGCCCAAGUUACCCUUCAGAUCUCUCAUGGCGGACGACUAUGAAGAAGAAGAAGAAGAAGAAGAAAAGUUUCUGGUGCUACCAAAACCGUCCGAUUGGCUAAUAAAAAUGAUUUGUUUUCAAUCAGAUCUCCUUCACAACUGCCUACUCUCUCUCCUCUCCCCCAUCUUCUUCCUUCUCUCUCUUGCAUGGGCAUCUUACCGGGAGGCAGAGGAGACGACAAACAGUCUGAAAAUGGCGGUUUACAGAGCACCCAGUAAGCUGACACGUACCAGCAGCAUGGUUUUGAAGAAAAUAGUAUAUGGGUGUGUUGGGGCAGUGAAGAUGUGUAGUGUAUUGGUGGGCUUGGUGGUUUUGGCAACAAUGGUGGGUGUAGGGUUGGUUAGGGUUUUGCUGGUUCAAGAACCUGUGUUUGUGAGAGAUAAAGUUUGGUUUAAUUAUGGAGAAGCUAAUCCAAUGGCUGUUUUCUCUUUCAGUCAUGAUUUAUAUGGGAAGAGAUCAAUUAAUGGGGUACCUGUUGGACAUACCAUUCAUGUUUCUAUGCUGCUUUUGAUGCCGGAAUCUGAUUUUAACAGACAGGUUGGAAUGUUUCAGGUGAAUGCAGAGAUACUAUCAAGCAAAGGAGAUGUGCUAGCAAAGUCUAGCCAACCAUGUAUGCUUAAAUUUCGAAGCUUGCCAAUCCGACUCACAAGAACCUUUUUCAUGGGCAUACCUCUUCUACUAGGGUUUUCGAGCGAAACCCAGUUGACUACACUUCAUAUUUUGAGGCAUAAAGAAGGGAAACUAAGAACAAAUGCUGUUAGAGUAACAAUGGUUCCAAGAGCUGGAACUUCAUCUCUACCGCAAUUAUAUGAAGCACAAAUCAUCAUCAAUUCUCAGUUACCUUGGACAAGACAAUUACUCCAUAACUGGAAAUGGACACUAUAUGUCUGGACAUCUCUAUAUAUCUACAUUAUUUUUCUACUUCUUUACCUUUUCUUUUGUAAACCAUUCUCGUCACCUCAGCAAGUCAUAACGUCCGAGGAAUCCAAGUCUAUACGCAAUAGGGUUAGAGACGAAAGUGAGAUUUCGGAGUUUAUAAGAAAAUGGAGAGGAACCAAAAUGAAUUAUGAGCGAAAAAGUAGUGUCCCUGAUCAAUCUCUUGCUUCAUCAGCAGCAUCAAGCAUGGUGGUUGAAGAAGUAGCAGACAGCUCUGAAUCGGUAUGUUUGUAGAUGGAUAACUUGUUCUAAUUCCAGUCAUUUUGUAUGUCUGGCAAAGUGGGGUUCUAACGUAUGCAGAUUACAUUGUUCUACCAUAUUAGAUGUUUUAUAUAAUUAAAAGGGAAAUUAUAUAAGGUUAAUGUGAUGAAAUUUGAGUAACAAAACAACUAUAUAUAAGAGAUUAAGCUUAUGAUAUUGGGUUUAUCUCUAUAGAUGAGACUAGAGGAUGUACAUUAAUAU